UGAAUGUAAAACAGCCGUCUGAAGACAAAUAUAGGGGCAUAAGGGUGUUGGGCAAACGACAAAUUUGAAUUUAAAUAUAGUAAAUAAUAUUUGCAUAUAAUUGCAAGCCACUGCAUUCCGUUUUAGAGUGCGCAUUACACGUCCUUAAUUUUAAUUCAUUUAUUCGAGAAAGCAAUUUUCUUUUUAAUAUUAAACAGCUCAGUGCGAGCAUGACACUGUCAGAUUUCUGCAAUUCAAAUGAAGCCAUCUCUGGUGGCGCUGAUCUCUUUCCAUAAAAAGACGCCGAGUAAUUACAUAUUGCGUUUUAAAGAGGCACCAGCAAAACUUUACGCCCCGAGAGCAACAGAGUUGUAUCAUGAGGGCGGGGCUUUGAAGGAGCACACAUGAUUCUAUACCAUGUCUUUACGGUGGUCCUGUUGGGUGUCACUAGGAGGUUAAAUGAGGGGUAAAUCACACAAGCUGUCCAGGGCCGGAUGCCCUCUCUUUACCCCCGACACAUUUGCGGGAGUGCGCAGUGCCUAGCCGGGCCAGCAGCAGCAACAGCAGCAGCAGCGGCAGCAGCAGUCGACGCAUCAUCACACGUACUUUACGCACACUGGAUGAGCAGAGGCAGAGACCGGUGGAGGAUGAUGCUUACGCCGGCUCAGAAGGGCUUUCUCUCUGGGUUUAUUUACCAGGUAGCAGCGGUAUGGUCGCCGGUGCUGGUGUAAAAUGCACUGGAGCAAACCGGGUGUGCUGGUCGGCCUAGCUGAGCUCGGCUGCUGCUGCUCGCCCUCGCCUCAUCUCCCAUUUCUAUUCUAGUACUUUUUUUAUUGCACCGUUAUUAUUUCCAGGUCAAAAUCUCAGUUUCCUGUGCGGCUUGUUUGUACUAAAAAUGGCCGGAGAUGGCGGCGCUCUGAAGGAUAUCAAUGAGAUUAAAUCCCAGUUCCGGACCAGAGAGGGUUUCUACAAGCUGCUCACCCUCUCGGACUCGCAGCAGCGGGGCGGGCUGCCGCGGGGUCCGUCCGCCGGAGCCACGCUGGGCCCCGGGCCUGGACCCGGUCCGAUACCCGGCGGAGGGGUCGGGCUGCUGCAGGGGCCCGGGGCUGCCGCCGCAGCUGCUGCCGCCGCCGCCGCCUCCUCUUCUUCGAAUGCCGCAGCCAACUCCUCUCCGGCGGGCUUUCUCCCGCCGGUCCGGGUCUCUAUGGUCAAGCUGCAGCCCGAAGACCCGGGCGAGGAGUCAGAGCGGGUGUGCUUCAACAUCGGCAGGGAGCUGUAUUUUUACACAUACACCAACAUCAAGAAGGCUGUAGACCUCAGUAAGCCAAUAGACAAGAGAAUCUACAAGGGGACUCAGCCAACGUGUCACGACUUCAACCAGUACUCUGCCACGGCAGAGAGUGUAGCUCUCAUCGUGGGUUUCUCAGCUGGACAAGUCCAGUAUCUCGACCCCAUCAAGAAGGAAACCAGUAAACUCUUCAAUGAGGAGAGGUUGAUAGACAAAUCCAAGGUGACGUGUCUAAAAUGGCUUCCCAAGUCGGAGAACCUGUUCCUGGCCUCCCAUGCCAGUGGCCACCUCUACCUCUACAACGUGGACCACCCCUGUGGCACCACGGCCCCACAGUACUCUCUGCUGCGGCAGGGUGAAGGCUUUGCUGUCUACGCCUGCAAAACCAAGACGCCUCGCAACCCGCUGCUCAGAUGGGCCGUGGGUGAGGGAGGACUCAACGAGUUUGCUUUCUCCCCGGAUGGCGUGCAUGUGGCGUGUGUGGGGCAGGACGGCUGCCUGCGUGUCUUCCACUUUGACUCGAUGGAGCUGCAGGGGGUGAUGAAGAGCUACUUUGGCGGACUGCUGUGCGUAUCGUGGAGCCCUGAUGGGAAAUACCUCGCCACAGGCGGAGAGGAUGACCUGGUUACUGUCUGGUCAUUUGCAGAAAGCAGAGUGGUGGCGAGGGGGCACGGCCACAAGUCCUGGGUCAAUGUGGUGGCAUUUGACCCGUUCACAACCUCCCUGGAAGAUGAUGAGCCUAUGGAGCUUAGCGGCAGCGAGGAGGAGCUCCACCAGGGGGCACAAAACAACUCCAUGCACUUCGGCCGGGUUCGAACAAGCAGCACGUUGUCGCGUCUUUCUCGACACAGCUCUAAAGGCGGCGGUUCGGCAUCGGUCACGUACCGGUUUGGCUCGGUGGGGCAGGACACUCAGUUCUGUCUGUGGGACCUGACGGAUGAUGUGUUGUACCCACGCCUGCCGCUGUCCCGCGCCUUUACUAACACUUUUGGUCCCUCACUAGCCAACUCUGGCAGCGGGGGGGUCAACAGCACCUCAGGAGUGGGAGGAAGUGGAGGGGUUGAAGGGCACCAUCACCCACCCAACACCAACACCGGCACCUCCAACCCACCAACACUCCCCUUACCGCUCCCUCGCUCCCUCUCACGCUCCAACUCUCUGCCCCACCCUGCCGUGGCAAACACCUCCAAGAGCCAGGGUGCCUCAGAGGGCGGUGGGGGAGGUGGAGGAGGCGGAGGGAGCACCGGCGGAGGAAACAGCACCCCAUUCAGCAUCGGCCGCUUUGCCACGCUGUCGCUCCAGGAGCGCAAGUCGGACAAGUCCGGAGGCAGUGGUGGGGUGGAGAAGGAGCACAAGCGGUACCACAGCCUGGGCAACAUCAGCAAAAGCAACGACAAGAUCAACGUGGCGCCGAGGAGCAACCGGCUGGACGCUGCUAAGGUCCUGGGCACCACUCUGUGCCCACGCAUGCACGAGGUGCCGCUGCUGGAGCCGCUGGUGUGCAAGAAGAUUGCACACGAGAGGCUGACCGUCCUGGUGUUCAUGGACGACUGCAUCAUCACGGCCUGCCAAGAGGGUCUCAUCUGCACCUGGGCACGGCCGGGGAAGGCGAACUUGACAGCACAGAACGGGAACUCUCCGAGUGGCACAGUAGUAUAGCUGGAGGAGAAGCUUUGCACUCAUCCCUUCCUCCAUCUACUCCCCUGUUCUUCAUCCUCUUCUCUCUAUCAGUCAUCCUCCUCAUUGAUUCUCACAUCGUACCCAACCUACAACUGCAGUAUUAUACCUUCACUAUAACUCUCUAUACAUGCUCUGACCCAAAACCUGUUCCCCAUUGAUUUUACUCUCACGGCGGCCAAGGUUUCCAGGGAAACACUUCUGAAACUAACAUUACUUCAACAGAUUUCUGAAGCUCUCAAUUAAGACUUAAUAGUUAAAAAGUUAGCUGGCAAUUCGAGAACAAUUACAAAUACUUGAAUAAAACAAAGAUGCUAGCUAGCGCAUAAGCUAGUAAGCCAUUAGUUUUGCUCAGACAAGGUUCUAGUCGCUACCAACAGUGGACAAUAUAUACAACAUGGCCGAAAGUACGUGGACACCUCUUUGGUCUGGAGCUGUUUUUCACAGUUUGGUGUGUAAACUCUUGACUGUCCCAUCCAACACCUCUGAGAUGAACCUGGGAGUGAGCAGACUGUGAACCAGAUGUUAUCACCCAACAUCAGUGUUGGAUCUCACUAAUGCUCUUGGAUGUGAGCAAAUCCCUGCAGCCAGGUGCCAAAGUCCCAACCUUUCCAGAAGAGUGGAGGCUGUUCCAGCAGCAGAUUAAAGCCUGUGGUUGAUGCUCAGCAAUCACAUAUGGGUGAUGUCCUGCUCGCCUCCUGUCCACAUACUUUUGGCCAUAUAAUAUACUUAAAACUUGAACCGUGAUUCUUAUCUGUCCUACAGCAACAACAGUAAUAAUAUUUUUUUGUACUUUGUUCAAAAUUCAAAUGUUAUGACUUAGUCGCUCUUAAUAACAAAAUUUAGAUCCACAGAUUCUUCUGUCUUUCAAAGCCUUCUGCAGCUCUACCUUGCCAUUUAUAAAAUGUUGUUUUCAUCUCCCAAAAACCGGAAACAAAUAUUUUGAGCAUGCUGUAACCUCAGAUUUAUAGGGCAGCAUUUAUUCCUUUACAUUUGUGGUAAGAAAUUUGAAAAGCUAAAUGUUGAUGGGUUGUCAGUGGGAAGUAAGAGCUACACUGUACUUGGUCUUCAGGAAGAGUUUCCCAUCUCAUGCCACCAUGGGAAUAAAGUUUAUUUAAUAAAUUUUAUUCCCAGUGCUUCAGCCCGUCUGCCUUCACCUCACCCCUCCAUGUUUCACUGCAGAAAGACUGCAUCAAACAAAUCAGUUUUCCUCUCUGUGUGUUACCCUGAGGCAACGAGGAGCGAACGGCAGGCCAGGCUCAGUCUGCAUUUGUUCUUCAGCCCACCUUCAUCCAAACCCUCCCCUUUCCCCUUCAUGUAAAAGACACUGCAAAAGCCACGGCCAUUGUAUUUAAGUUAUUUAUUUUAUCACAAGACUGUGUAGUAAUUUAUACUGUAAAUACUGAAAAUACUCUAUAAAUAGAAAAAGGACAAACGUGUAUGGAAAUAAUGACUUGACAGCAAGGAAGCGAAGAAAAAGCAGGAAAGAUGAAGAAUAUUAAUAUAUGAAGAUCCUUCUAUUGUACAUAGCAACCACAGUUAAAAAUUGAAUGUCUGCUGUUUUAGGGAACUUGAAGAUGUCAAUGUGUUUUUAUUUCGUGUGAUAGAGUUUCUCCAGUUUGUCCCUGAAAGUGAGCUGGGUUUAAUCCGUCAGCGGAGGCGGAAGCAUUUCGGGUCCAGUAUGACUUUUCAGAAAGACCGAACCCGAGUCGAGCACAGAGAGCAAUCUUCAAAGGGGCUGCUGGCUGUACAUUUCAGCUGCCUGUCCGAGUUAGUAGGUCCAAAUAAUACAAACAGCAACAAAAAUAACCUGCUCACGAACAAACACACACCGUUGCACAUUCCAAAUGUAACACACACACACACACAUACAUAUACACACACACACACACAAUCCCCUUAUGGUGUAGCAUCAUAUAUACUGUGUCUUGGACUCCAUUCCUGUUGCACCUGAAUUGCCUCUUGCAAGAAUUUGCACAUACAAUAAAUCCACAGUCCAUCCUGAGUUGCCAUGGCUGACAUUAGAGGGUGUUAUUGUCUUGUUUGAUCUGAUCUCUGUGCAGAAACAGCUCCCAUAACCCACCAUUUACUGGAUACGGAGGAUCUAAUAGGUGUGCAUCUUGAGAGGAAACGGCGCUAUGUCCAGAUAAGAUUACAGUUACAUUUGUUUGAAUUCAGAAAUUGCCUCUGCGUUUGUUGGGUAUCAUUUAGACUGAUUCUAACUCUGGUGCUUAUUAACUCUUUGUUCAGAUUCCUGGCACAUCAUUUGACCAGAUAUGGUCUGUCUGCCAUAAACCUGCCAGAAGGUAUUUGGUGAUUAUUUUUGGUUAAAAGGUCAAAUAAAAAAAAAAGAAAACCUUCUCAUAUUGGCGUGCACAAGUUCAGUGUUUGCAGUUUUACCUUUGUUUAACUGGAGAUGGACGUGCAAAGAUGAGCUGAUUUUGACGCAUUAUAAAUAUGACAGGAGACAUGAAUGCUGUAUCAUAUUAGACGGACCUCUUCUAAUGAUAACCAGGUUAAAUAUCCAUUUUGCUUUAAACAUCAUUAUCCAGUCUGACACUGUGCUCAUGUCACCUGAUUUCCGUUUGGGAGGGGUUGUUAUUUUUGCUCUAACUGACAUACAGUAUCUGUCAAUAGAAAAGCUGCAGUAGCAGCUGCUUGGAGCAGUCAAUGUUUUUUAUGUCUGUCCCAGUUUAAGAGUUAUAACUGAUGCUAGCAGCAAGGGAUGGCAUCGCCUGUCUGUCCGUUUGUCGGGCAAUUCACCACUUUGGUUGAGACUGAAAAUGAACAACUAUGCCAUGAAUGACUUAAUCCUCUGUGAGAUGGUGCACAGCCCUGAGGUGCACACCCCUGUCCACCAUGAUGUAAACAUGAUACUUACUGUAUGUUAUUAGACCCAAAUGUUUUUCAGGAUUUGAUAUGAGGAAUUGGAAAAGGACGUUUAAUAACAAACUAUUAUUAAAUUGUUAUAAAUUUGGAGCAGGUUUGAAUUCACAGUCAGUGAGAGUCGGUACCCCACUCGCCCCGGCUGAUAGUCAACACGUCUGCAUGCCAAACUGAUUCUGUGCGCUUCUUAACAUUAAACCAGACACAAAGGGCUGUUGAGGUGUUUCUGAACAGGAUCGAUGUCUUUUGUAUUGUUUUUUGUUUUUACUUUGUUUUGUUUUUUUUCCUUUUGCAUGCCUCUUAUUUUGGGCCAUAACAAACUACUGACUCCUGUCUUACAUGUGUGAUGUCUCAAAGCCAACUGAAGCAGUAUUUUUUUUAUCAGCGUUUGUCUUUUUUCUUUUCCUGUGUGUGUGUGUGUGUGUGUGUGUGUGUGUGUGUGUGUGUGUGUGUGUGUGUGUGUGUGUGUGUGUGUGUGUGUGUGUGUGUGUGUGUGUGUGUGUGUGUGUGUGUGAUUUAUAGAGUUACCUGUCUGACAAUACAUCCUAUAAAUAGCAGAGCUACUUCCAGGGCUGCAGGAUCCAGGGUUAUGCCCUUGGAGCAACAGACAAACCACCAGUUCCCUUGCGGUGUAUUUGAAACGGUGCAAGGGUAUUGUUGCAGCCCAUAUACUCACUUUUGUUGUCAUAGCAACAGCAUUUCUUACCGAGUGUAUCUCGAACGCCCUCAUGGGUUUUAGGGUUCAGUCAUGGCUGUAAGGCUAAAUGAAUGCUUCAGAUGUUAAAGGAACAGUUCACCACAAGAUGAAAAUGAUCCAUUUCAACCUUCUCCUGAAAUACUGAAGUACAUGCGGGCAAAAGUUUGAAUUUCAGGUUGUGCAGCUUAAUCCAAGUAUUUUAUAGCCUCGUUUUUUGGUCCACUGUCUAAUGUUUACUAUUAUUAUACCAUCUAUUUUAAUGCAAGUAUGCAAGACAUAAUCAGGAUGUAUUGUAUUUGAAUAAGGGAACUCACAGUAUACAGCACUGUAGAGCAUUGUCUGUGAGUUUCAGUUUAAUCUUUUUCAGCCAUAAAGCACUUGGCUUCUGCUGCACAAGCUGUUUGAAGGAACUUCAAUGUGACUUUUUAGUCUUCUGACAGAGAGAUGUAAAACUUGUGUGUGAACUUCCAUAGUUUAAGAGAAGACCCGGGUGAAAUACAAGAGACAACUGACUGAGAAGACAGUAACUAAACUCAUUUCUAAUUGUUUUUUAAUAUUUCUUAUUUACGUGCUAAAUUUGUGAGGCCUCUACAAAUUUUCCAAGACACUAAAAAAACAAAAGAGGUGUAUGAAGGAUGAACUGAAGGGCUAAAAUAGAAGUGACUGCAGAUGUGAAGAGAUUGCUUGGCAUUGAUCACUGACCCUUUGCUUGUAUGUUUGUAUGUUGCACUCAAAGAUUAUCAAUCAAACUUUUCAGGAAAAAGAAAAGUUUUCCCACAGAGUAUAUGUUUUUUGUUUUUUUGUGUACAACCUCACAUAAAAACCUUCCACUAACAUCACUAUUUGACAUUUUGAAGCCAUGACGUUUUUAAGCUAAUGUUAGUGUAGGUUAAUCAUGCAGAGAACAUGACACAAACACACAGGCUGCAGUAGAUGGUAGGAUGAUGAUGAUGAUGAUGAUGAUUACAGUGAAAGCCGCUGUAAAAAGAUGAGUGAGGAUCCUGCUUCAUUAAAUGCUGUCCUUCACGCCAUUUCCAAAAGAAACAAACAAAACAAAUAUUACUUAAACACUCACUAUUGUAAACUGUAUUAAGAGUAUUAGCAAUUUGUCAACCAAUGAUUUAAGUGACUUUCUGUGAUUUCUAACCACAAUAAGUUUGAACUUAGUCCUGAGAAAGACAUGUUUGGAUGUUUCAGAUGGACUCUGAGCAUUUAGCCUCAUUCUGGAGCAGAUAUAUUUCUGGUUUCCAGAGCUAACUGAGAGGUGAAGUGUGAGUGAAAAAAAGCUUUGAUCAAAGGAACAGCUGUAGCGCCACACAGCUGACAGCUGCAACCUGAGUAAAUUCAAUAAUUCACCUCUCACCUCUACAAAUCCUUGUGUCCAGGCUGUUGACAAGCAGAAAGUACCAAAAUAACCAGUGCCGCGUCAAGUGAGGCAAGAACCUGGGCCAACACAAUGCUGAAAUGCUGAAAAAGAACAGUUCAGUGAACUAAAAUCUCUGCCAGUGUUUUCCUCUUAACGCCUUUUUCUGCACAGAAGCAACUCAAGCAUUCAGAACCAAGCGAAUCCCUCCAAACAUGCUCACUUUUUUAUUUGACAUUUCAGUCUGAAGGAAGACAAACAGACGCUGUUUAAAGGCCUGUCAUUUUUACAUUGUUUUUCUUAUUUCCCGCUGUGUGUAUGUGUGUGUGCAAAAUGUGUAUGUGUAAAAUAUGCAUUCUCCAUUAUCACCAUACAGUUGCCACAUGCAUGGACCGACACACACACACACAUACACACACACACACAGCAUCAGACACGCUUUCACACACUUCAUGCCUGUUCUGGUGGAAGUUAUAACGGCAGAAUGACGUCACUGUAUCUGGUUUGUAUAUGGAGAUCUGUUAUUAAAAUGUUAAAGCUGAAA